AGCCCAUCAGCAUCUGUAAAUACUGUAUCAGCACCUCUGAACUGCUGGGGCCACUCGGCACACAUCCAAAUACAUAGGGGUCCAAUAUACUAUCCUAAUCUAAAAGUUUAGAGGAGGGGUUUAGGAGCAUUAACCCCUUCCCGAUCUUCCUUAUUUAUCCGUGCCUAUGGAUUCCAGCGUCCGAAUGGAACUCUCACCAUCAGGAUUGUGCGUGUAAUUGCAACAUACGUGUCAAGCAGAGCAGCGUUCCCGAACUGGCAAAUGUGGGGGGUCCACGGUAUGCUCUUAAGGUAGCCUUUCCCUGGACUGAAAAAAAGGCAGCAAGGAAGGGGGGAAAGCACAUCGUCUCCUGCUUUGUCUCCUGAUAAUGAGCCUUGGUUUGACCUAAGAAUGCUUCCAGAUCCAAUCUCUGGUUGUGAGCACCCCAAAGACAAUCACAAUGCUGAUUUGUCUUGUUUUGUUACGGAAGGACAGCAAACACAUGGGAUCUAGACACUAGAAGCCGUGCUUUAACACUCUUGGCUUGCACCAUCAGCUUUUUGCUUCUGGAAUCGUUUCUGGAAUAUUUUUUUACAAUCAUCACAGAAAACAGAAGGAAUGAGCCGGCAGCUGGUCACAAUUCUGACAGCCUUGCUUUCAAUAACCCUUGAAACCAAUCACUUAAGGACUGCUUUCUGUAAAGAACAUGAUUCCAGGGGAAAAUCUCCUCCACAGAGCAUGUCUCCUUCAGACUUCUUGGACAAGUUAAUGGGAAGGACAUCGGGAUACGAUGCAAGAAUCAGACCAAACUUUAAAGGUCCUCCUGUAAACGUUACAUGCAAUAUUUUUAUAAACAGUUUUGGAUCAGUUACAGAAACCACCAUGGACUACAGAGUGAACAUAUUUUUAAGGCAGCAAUGGAACGACCCUCGCCUCUCUUAUAGCGAAUACCCUGAUGAUUCUUUGGAUUUGGAUCCUUCUAUGUUAGACUCUAUUUGGAAGCCUGAUUUAUUCUUUGCUAAUGAAAAGGGUGCAAACUUUCAUGACGUCACAACGGACAACAAAUUAUUGCGAAUUUUCAAAAAUGGGAACGUGUUGUACAGUAUUAGGUUAACAUUAACUUUGUCAUGCCCAAUGGACUUAAAGAACUUUCCUAUGGAUGUACAAACAUGUGCAAUGCAGCUUGAGAGUUUUGGAUACACAAUGAAUGACCUUAUAUUUGAAUGGCUGAGUAAUAGUCCAGUGCAAGUAGCUGAUGGUUUAACGUUGCCGCAGUUUAUCCUGAAAGAAGAAAAUGAGCUUGGAUACUGUACCAAACACUACAAUACAGGAAAAUUUACAUGCAUUGAAGUUAAGUUUCACUUGGAACGUCAGAUGGGCUACUAUUUGAUACAGAUGUACAUCCCCAGCUUGCUGAUUGUCAUCUUGUCUUGGGUGUCAUUUUGGAUCAACAUGGAUGCUGCUCCGGCCAGAGUUGCUCUGGGGAUCACUACUGUCCUGACAAUGACAACUCAGAGCUCCGGCUCCAGAGCUUCCCUUCCAAAGGUUUCGUAUGUGAAAGCCAUUGACAUCUGGAUGGCUGUAUGCCUUUUGUUUGUGUUUGCGGCUCUCCUGGAAUACGCGGCUGUCAAUUUUGUAUCAAGACAACACAAAGAAUUCUUAAGACUCCGUAGAAGACAGAAAAGACAAAGCAAGGAAGAAGACGCUGUGCGUGAGAGUAGAUUUAACUUUAGCGGAUACGGGAUGGGUCACUGUUUGCAAGUCAAGGACGGCACUGCGGUAAAACCAUCUCCGCCAAUCCCUCCUCCAGCUCAGCCAAAAGAUGCAGAAUCAAUCAGAAAGAAAUUUGUGGACCGUGCAAAAAGGAUUGACACGAUAUCUCGUGCUGCCUUCCCGCUCGCCUUCCUCAUUUUUAACAUAUUUUACUGGAUUACGUACAAAAUAAUAAGGCAUGAGGAUGUACACAAGAAAUAAGCUGCAUUUUCUUUUAAGGGAAGUGAAAGCCAAAGUGUGCUUGUAAAUGAACGAUGAAAGAUCCAAAUGCCAUUUUGACUAAUUUUCUAUCCGUCUCCUCCAAAGGAAGUGAAAAACGAAAAAAAAAAAAAAAAAAGACAUUUCAAGAGUAAGAAAAAAAAACAAACAAAAAAAAAAACACACUGAAGUAAAGAAAUGAAGCCUCUCUUGAUUAUAAACUUUGCCUACUUUAUUCAAAUACUUUUUACUCCCGGAAACUUUGUUAAACAAGCGGGCUGUUAAGGGCCACUCUAACCUACACUGCCGCUAGUCAAAAAUUCAAAAAACAAAUCAUAAAUACAAAAAUCAAAAUCUUCCAUGUAAUCACAUUGCAUAGUGGAAAAUAUCAUUGCCACUUUGGUAUUGACGGUAGCCAAAGGUUUGAGAUGAGGACCAAUUUUUUUAGGGAAUUACUGCCUUUUUACUUGGAAGAAUUCUACUGCUACCGUGCAUUCCAUCACAGUGUUAGUAAAUAGUAUUUCACAAGCGGUUAUUUUCCGUGUUUAUGUAAAUUAUUUCUACUUAUAUAUAUAAAUACAUAUAAAUAUAUAUAAAAGAUUUAUACUUUAAUAUCUUUGUGAGCGUGGAUUGAAAACAAAUCUUGCUUUACUUUAAUAUUGUAAUUUUUGAAUUUUUGUGUGAUCCGUGUGGUUCUUUGGCAACUCAACACUUUUAAAACGCAAUGACAAUGCCCAAAUUGUCUUUUUUUUUUAAUUCAAAUUGUUUUGUCUUAUGUUUUGCUUUUCUAACAGUGCACUGGAUUUAUUCUAAUGUAUCAGAUGCUGUUUUUACAUGAAACUUGAGGUGCCAAACUGCAUUUCCCCCCCCAUUGUUCUAAUGGUGUCAUAGUUCUGUACGCAGGUCA